CAGGGAGGUAGGGAUGGUGGCCGAGUGGGGACAGUUUUAUUCAUAGUAUUGCUGAUUUGUGAGGGAGGAUGUUGUCUUCGUAGCCGGAGCAGCUGCUGGCGUUGUAAGGCGAAGGCCAAGAAGAGGCUCCCAACCCCAAAAUCAGUCCCAAGUUCCUUUAUUGACUGGACUGGCCAGUGGAACUAUGGCUGUAAUGACACACCUAAAGAUUUACAGGAUAUGGUUUCUCAGCUGCCUAGUUCUUAUAUCUUCCUUUAUGUGUUUGGCUGAAGAUCACCAUCCAGGCGGCAACCACCAACCGAAUGCACGUCUUGAUAAGACCAUGGUACAAGAUAAAGACCAUAUCAUGGAACACUUAGAAGGAGUCAUAGAUAAGCCAGAAUCUGAAAUGUCACCACAAGAGCUGCAGCUUCAUUACUUCAAAAUGCAUGACUAUGAUGGCAACAAUUUACUUGAUGGGCUCGAGCUUGCCACUGCAAUAACACAUGUGCAUAAAGAGGAAGGAGGCGAACAUACUCCGACUAUGAAAGAAGAGGAACUCAUUAGCUUGAUAGAUGGUGUCUUGCAAGAUGACGAUAAGAACAAUGACGGAUACAUUGACUAUGCUGAAUUUGCAAAGUCACUGGAAUAGCAAUAAUUUUUCCCUUCUUGUGACCCAGUACAAUGUGAUUCUUUACUUUACAGUUGUAUGGUCUAUCCUUUGGGCUGCAAAAUGAGUGAGUUGAGUAAUAUAGUUUGAUGAAUCACUAAAUACGUCGGAGAGCAAACGUUAGGUUAUAAUGGGAGUUGUCUCAUACUGUCGUCAUAGUGAACUAUGUUGAGCAUUGGCCCUCAUAGGAGAUAAUUUGCAAAUUGGCUUAAAUACUUGUUCAGAAGGCUGUUGUGAAACUAGUUUAACUCCUGAUUAAUUUUGGGAGAAACCCAGUUAUCAUUAAGUAUAAAUAUUGAAGGACUUUGGUCUGAAAUCUAAUUGUGAGGUAAAGUGAAUAGUAUAAUUCGAUGCAUACUCUCGCUUUUGAAUUUGCUGCUCACUUCUUUUCAAAAACGAAGGCAAAGCCACAUGCAAGAAAAAAUAGUCCUCUCUAAAGGGCGAAAUCCAAUUGUCAAUGUUCACUGGAAUAGACUGAAAAUGAAACUUAAAUAAAUGAUGACUCUUAUUGAGUCAGUUGGUCUUGCUCUGGUAAUUACUGAUAUUUGUUUUAGCCCAAAAUCUGUUGAUGGUGUUGAAAAGGUUAUAUACUUUAUUAAUUCUCCAUUAAAAUGGAUGUGGAUGUAAACGUGCUUAGAGUUUGAUGUGUUGUGGAAGGCUUUCAUGGCUGCAAUCACUGGGUUGCUGUGAAUUUUCCAGGCUGUAUGGCCAUGUUACAGAAGCAUUCUCUCCUGACGUUUCACCCACAUCUAUGGCAGGCAUCCUCAGAGGUUGAGGAGUCUAUUGAAAACUAAACAUGUGAGGUUUGUAUAUCUGUGGAAUAAUGCCCAAGGUGGAAAAAGAACUCUUAUCUGUUUGAGGCAAAUGUGAAUGUUGCAAACUGGCCACCUUGAUAUUGCAGCUUCAAAGCCUGGCUUCUCCCACCCUGGACAUUCCACAGAUAUAUAAACCCCACUUGCUUAGUUUCCAACAGACCUCACAACCUCUGAGGAUGCCUGCCUUAGAUGUGGGAAAAAUGUCAGGAGAGAAUGCUUCUGGAACAUGACUAUACAGCCCAGAAAACUCACAGCCACCCAGUGCUUAGAGUUUGUCUGCAUUGUUUCUUAAAUACCUAAAAAUAUGUAUACCUGUAUAUCCACAUAUCUGUUUUUCAGGUGUCAUCCUGGAAUUCUACAGAGUUUUGUUCUACACUAAAUUAUUAUUAGAGAAUUGGGAUUUGUUAAUGUGAAGUAUAUGUAUACAUAGGUAUACACGUGCUUAUUGUUGCUUGCGUUAUAUCAUCAAUACAGUAUUUUUCAUUUUCAAAAAAGGUAGGUUAACUAGUACUGUUGGUGAAGUCCUUCACUAUUACUCCUUUGUUUACCUAAUUGAAUUUUAUAAUCACAAUCAAAUGCUGCCUUGUUAAGGUUCUCAUCAAUGUACCUUGACUUGAAUUCAUGGUGUUAACUAUGGAAAUACUUUGUAUUUUUUUCUAAAACUCUUUAAAGAGUGUAUUUGAAUACUUGAAUAUCUGCUUAUUUAAAGUAGCUCAAGAACUAUCUACAGCUUUUGUUUCAGUAGAGUGCAGUAACCCUUUGCAGAUCCAAAAGUCUUAUGUUUUGAUGUCUGAGCUGUUGUAUAAACCAGAUCAGAAAUUAUACAUGUAUUUAAUCAGGUACAUCAUAUUCACAGACAAACCCCCCAUAUGCUCUCUGUAAAUUGUAUAGAGACCUAUUUUCUGUAUUAAAACUAUUCUUAUAUGAAGUGUGUUUGUAAAAAAAAUCCUUUGUUAAGUGUGCAAUUUAAAAAAAAACCUUGAUUGUUCUAUA